GGACACCGAGGAGGGAAAGAAAAAUGCUUCGCGAACCGCCCAGACGUCGCACACAAAGCAUGCCGCCUCCAUCUCGAUGGGACGAAUGGAAGUUGAUGCUGGGCGUGAGAAGGUUCGUCCUUCGUGCCGCCGACAAACUCGCCGGCUCCAUCGUCACGCAAGGCGGAGCGCCGAGCCCGUCAGCCAUGUACGAAUGGCUCCUGAGUCAGCCGUGUCAAUACCGUGCGCUCAUCAACAUUGACGUCCCACGGUAAGGCAUGGGAGGUGAUGGAUUGGAUGGGAGGAGCAAGGCAUACAAUGGCAUGCAUCACCCAUGGCACAUCUGUAUAUCUGUAUUGUUGCAGAACGUUGAGCUGCGCAAAGGUGUUGACGGACGAGAGGAAGAGCAUGUUGACCAACAUACUGGUGAGCGGGAGCUGAUAAGGAAUGAUGUGGUGACGGGACGUGUGCAGUGCAUAUUCUCCCCUCCCCUCCCCUCCUCUCCCCUGUGUGUGUGGUGUGUGUGCGCAGAUAGCAUACGCCAACUACGACACAUCCACGGGCUACAUCCAGGGCUUCGGCAACAUCGCAGGUGGGUGAACGAGCUGCUCAGAAGACGCACAGGCAUCACGCCCUCACCGAACCGACCCUUGGUUGUGUCUGUCUGUCUGUCUGUCUGCAUGCGUGUGUUGUGUUGUGUGAUGCAGUCGUGUUGUUGGUUGUGUCUGAGUGGCGCGAGGAGGAGGCGUUCUGGGCACUGGUCGCCCUCAUGCAAGGCAGGGGAUACCGACACUUCUUCAAAAACGACUUCCGCGAACUGACCCGAUACGAGAAAGGUGUGCAUCCAUCCAUCCAUCCAUCCAUCCAUCGAUGGCCCAGCCAUUCACGAGUGUGGCGACCUGCGCCACCUCUAUGUAUCUUCCCUCCCUGUGUGUGCCGUUCCGUCCCUUCAGUCUUCGGCUAUAUGUUGAGCCGCGAGUUGCCGGAGCUAGAGGCUCACCUCACUGCAGUGGACUUCCCCCCCACACGCUCUAUCACGCCCAAAUGGUGAGUUAGCUGAGGAGCGGACACGGAUGCAUCCGCGACGCAUCCGUCCAGUUGGUCACGCCUGACGGUCUGUGUGUCUGUGUGUGUGUCUGUGUGUGUGUCAGGUUUUUGUCUGGUUUUGCGCAGGCGUUGCCCCUGAAUGUGGUGAUCCCCAUUUGGGACCGCAUUCUAGCGGAGGGGAUGCCGUUUAUCAUCAGUGUCGCCAUGGCCAUGUUGGCAGUAAGCACACCACUACACCACACCACACGGAAGCGAACAACAGCAUCCCACGCGACACGUAUGCCUUUCUCUCUUGUCCCCUCUGUCAGGAAAUGACGCCGUCGUUGGUCAGGAUGGAUGACAAACAGACGUACCAUGCGUUUCUGCACGUCAAGGAGAACAGCAACUUCGCCGGCCCCCAGGCGGCUGCCCGGCUCAUCCACCGCGCCAAACGCUUCCCCGUUCCCAUGCCUCUGCAGAUGGUGCGCACAUCAACAAUAGCCGUGGCGUCAGAAUGUGUGGCUCAUCCCUCUCGUGUGUAUGUCCUUCCUGCAGUAUUUGUUGCGCACCCGUGACGGUUUCGAGUCAGAUGACGACCGUUUUGCCCACGCCAAGGCGGUGUCCGAGUCCAUCCGCCGGCUCGUCCGCCGCCACGUGCGCCCCCCACCCAUCCCGCCCGACACCGUCCUGGGGCAAUUCCUCAGACACAUCUCGCUCAGAGAGGCAGAGGAGGCACGCGAGAGGCGCCGACACAGCGGCUCCUUCCAGCAACCCGCCGAGGUGUCCACGCCCCCCGCACGGACGGACCGAUCGGUCACUCGCGACAUCCGCAAGAACUCCUCCGACUCGCUGGUGCUGAGCCCCAACAGGGCGGCGUCUGUGGACCCGGGGAAGCGGCGGUUCAUCCCAGUCAAUGCCCGUCCGCCUCCACCCCCUUACGGCCUGCGUCCCCUGAUGUGGCGUGCUCGCGCGAUGCCUGUGCCGUGCUGCUACAUGCCUUCUCCCAACCUGCAGAUGCCUCAGAUGCCCCAGAGCGGACCGGCAGCCAUCCCACUGCCCCCGCCCAUGCGUGCGAUUCCCCGGCCGUGGCGCCCGCCGGGUGCUGCUCCGCCCCUGCCGAACCAGGUGUUGAAGCGCGAUGCGAAUGCCGACGCACCGGGAACGGCUCGUGUGCGGGGCCGCUCCUUGAGCACUGUGGUCGAGGAGGAGCACGGUGGAGAAGCGGGGAGCAGUGGGGAGGGCGCCAUGAGUGAGACUGACGCUUUGCCGUUCAAUCAGAACCUCGACGUUGCCAUUGGGCAGCUCCUCGACGAGUAGGAGGGCGGGAGGGAGACGCGGGAUGCCGCCCACUCAUGGUCCUUAUCUUUCUGUCUUUCUCCCUUUGUUGUGUCUGUCCUGUCAGGCGUGCUUUUUUGUCGCAAGGCGGCAUUCGUCCACCCGCUUCUCUCAGUGACCUAAUGUCCUUCAUGUAAGCACCGAAACACAGACCAUCAGACACCAAUGAACCACCCCUCCCUCCCCUCUGUGUGUGUGUCCCACCGUUUCUGUCCUCAGGCCCACCCCGGCCAUCCAGGAAGAGCCCACCCACACCAACGCCGCCCCCUCUCUCUCGGACACCACAUCACCAGAUGUGCAGGCCCGGCAGCUCGUGCCUCCUGCCCCCACCGAGAAUAUGAUUAACGAAGCCACAGUACGACCCCAUGACAACCACCCCAACGACCUUCCCAACGAUCCCAUCAUCCCAGCAGUCACGCGCCACAUCGUCGGCGGCUCGACGGAGCGUAAGGCCUCCGUGGGCACAGAUAGCACCGCUGUGACGGCGCGGGAGAGAGAAAAGGAGAAGGAGAAGGAGAAGAAGCGGCGGUUCACAUUCACCCUGAGGCUCCCGUGGGGCAGGCGGGUGGGCAUGGGCAUGGGCACGUGCGCAGGCAAAGAUAAGGAGAGGAACGGCGAGAAGGAGAAGACCAGGAAGGGGAUGCGCCGUGUGUUUUCCGGUGUGGGGCGGUGUUUUGGUCGGGUGUAGUUGGGAAAGGGGGAGUGUAUUACGGUGCGUGUAUUUGUUGUGCUGGCGUCCCCGCAUUUCGUGUGUGUGGAAUGGGGGCGGGUUUAUGUGAGGUGACUGACGUGGAUGUAUAGUGACCAACUACCACGUUGACGAC